AUGCACUUCCAAUCCCUCAACCAAUUCCUCAUCAUUCUCCUCCCUUUCACCGCAUUAGCAGUCGCUCAAUCAGAACACAUCAAACACCACCGUAAAAAGUUGGAGUACCACCACCACCAUAACUCCACCUUGUCAGUAUUUCCCAUCCUUCCUAUAUACUCUUCUCCCAUCAAAUCCAGCAAACCAAAUUCUAAAACUAACUCGUUCACCACUCAAAGAAACAACGGAACCUACUGUCACCAUUGCAAUAGCACCCCAACCGUAACGGGGAUCCCGUGCUGCGCUACGAAUGCUACGAUACUGACCAAUGGAGCCGGGUCAUCGUUUGAAGUUAAGAGGGAGGUGGUUAUGGUUGUUGGGACUGUGGUUGUGGGUGCUGUUGUUAUGGGACUGGGGCUGUGA